AUGUUAGAUAGUCAUAAUAUAUUUGGUUUAAUCACUGAACCAGGUGAAUUAAUCAAGUUAGUUAAAUUAUAUUUAGAUAAUAAAAAAUAUUUAGAAGCACAAAGAUGUUAUAAUAAAAUUAUUGAUGAAUUUCCAGAUAAUGCUGAAAUUGCACAUUAUUAUAAAGCAUAUUGUAUUAUUAAUUUAGAAGGUGGUGAGAGAGAUGGAAAAUUUAAAGUUAAAAAACAUCUUAAAAGUUCACUGAAAUUAUUAGAUACAAGACGAAAUACAAUAAUGUCACGUAAUCAAAUAUUAACAUCUCUUAAUCAAAUAAUACAAACAAAAGGUAUUGGAUUAAAUUCAAAUUAUUUUAAACAACAAAAUGAAGGUGAAGCACAAAUUUUAUCAAUUCAUAUAAAUUCAAUAUUAGAUGCAAUUGGUUCAGAAAUAACAUCUGAAAAUUUUCGAAAUGCAAAAAUAAUUGGUAAUGAUACAGAAAAGUUGUUUAAUGAAAUAAUUAAAAUUGAUUAUGAUUUAAUAAAAGAUAAUCGUAUAAGUAAAAAAAUAAUUAUUGCUAGUUUUAAUAAGGAUCAAUAUAGACAAUUACGAAUAGAAUUAGAAAAUGAAAAUAUAUUAUCACCUCGGGAACUUUAUAAAAUAUCUAAAGAAGAAAUACUGACUAACAGUAGUAAAAAUAUGCAAAAAUUGAAUUUUCCAGAAACUUUUCAAUAUUGUCGUGAUUCUAUACUUGAUCAAAUAGAAUUAUGUUUAAUUGUUGCUCAAAAUGAAAAUUGGCAUUGGAAAAAACGAAUUAUUAAAGAAACAGCAUUUGAAGAAAUAAUUUUUCAUAAACAAUUAUUUUUAAAUAUUACAAAGCAGGCGGUUCGCAUAUUACGUCAUCAAAUUCUUACGUUUCUGAGCCUCGGCCGUGGGGGGGGGGGGGGGGGGGGGGGGGGGGGGGGGGGGGCGGGGGGGGGGGGGGGGCGGCG